CAGUAGUUACGUUUCAUCUUACGAUUCUUUUAUCCAUCCGUGCGAGAGUUCAUCGUUUUUGAUUGCAGUGAUCGUAGUUUAUUCGCGUUUGUUUUCUGUUCGAGAAACAAAAUAAUAAUUAUUAACUUAUAACAAAUAUCUCCAAUCUGAGUGCAAUUAUUUUUUAUACUGAACUCAUUAUAGAACGUGCUAUAACAUAUUCCAUGGAAAGCUACAAUCAGAGAUAAAACUUGAGCCAGUCAUCGCAUGGAUUCGCUGAACAUCAAAAUGGAGGUACCGGAUUUGCCACUUCCUGAUCAUAUUGCACAGCUCGGCGAGGACGGACUUGGCAUUAUUGCCAACUCGGAGUUUUUGGCUAAUGGAAAUGGAUUGUUCCUUGGCGAUACUGACGAUGCCGACGACGAAGAUGAUACUAUUGUAGUGCAUAUGGAUUUGCGGGAAAAUUUGUCCACAUUGAGAGGACUCGUCGAACAGCGCAUUGGUGUUUCAUUGAAGCAUUAUGAAUUCUGGCUGCAGGAUACUCAGAUGCUGGAAUCGCACAAGAAUUUGGUUGAUCAAUGCGUCCAGGGCGAAGGUCUGGUGCAGAUCAAUGUUCAAGUUCAAACGGCAAAACGACGUAUCAAUAUUGCUGAUGUUCUGAAGCCAACGGAUGAGGUUCUGGAAAGCUAUCAGCAAGAGUUGGAACUAGCUGCUGCACAAGCUGCGGUUGCUGCCCAGGUUGCAGCCGCUGCGGCAGCAGCCGCUUCUAUUUCCAACCUGGACACAAGCUCGACUACAAAGCAAAAUUCAACUCCUUCGCUUCCAUCGGCACCAGCGACCAUUUCGAAUGAUUCUGUACCACCGUCUACCAAGCCACAGCAAUUAACUUCGAAAGAGGAGCUAGAGACUGCUUCCGCCGUGGCUGCAAUUAUAAAAUCAGCAAAUGCGGAAGCGAACGCAGAGAAAGCGGCUGCCCAGUUGCCUAUCAGCAAUGGUUCGGGGGUUAAAGAUUCACCUAAAAUUGCGGACUCACCCACGAUAAUCGACGACGACGAUGAUGACGAUGACGAAAUGGGAGAUGGUGGUCAGUCGGCGCUGCGUUGGGUUUGCGAUACGAAUUUUAAGCGUGACCAGCAACGGUUGAACAUUCCGGACGAUCCGGUUGAGUGGACGGUGGCGCAUGUCAAACACUGGAUCCAAUGGGCUGUUCGGAUUUUUCAGCUGACCAGCAUCAAGUUGCCGGAUUGGACCAUUAGCGGCAAAGAAUUGUGUGAUAUGGAUCAUAACGAAUUCAAGCAGAGAGUUCCGAACGAUCCGGGCGAUCUGUUCUGGACUCACAUGGAGUUGUUGCGAAAGUGCAAAUUUGUCGCCGUUGUGCAGAAGCAAGGCGAUGGCGAUGAUUACGACGAGAUGGCAAUACUGCGGAAGGUUCCGAGGAACAGUUUAGGAAAUGAAACUAGUUACUGCGGCAAUCGAAGCGGAAACAAUGGUCAGAUUCAGCUUUGGCAAUUUUUGUUGGAAAUCCUCACUGAUAAAGAGCACCGUGGCGUUAUUCAAUGGAUCGGCACAGAAGGAGAAUUCAAACUGUGCAAUCCGGAACUGGUCGCACAACUAUGGGGCGAGAGGAAGAACAAGCCAACCAUGAACUAUGAGAAGCUGUCACGAGCCCUCCGCUACUAUUAUGACGGGGAUAUGAUCUCCAAGGUGCAUGGCAAGCGAUUUGUGUACAAGUUUGUCUGCGAUCUUCGGGAACUGAUUGGAUAUGAUGCCUCCGAACUAGCUUCUCUUGUCAACGAGGGGCCCCCGAUUGCCAGCGAUCAGUUUGAUUUAAAGAAUUUUGAUUUGGACUUUGAUUAAUGUUUGUUCCCUUUUUUGCUUUUCACAUCUGAUAUUGCCUUCAUUAUAUUGCUUAAAAAAGAAAGUUUAUCGAACCGUUGAACUAAACUUGCCAACAAAGUUUGCAAGCGUUAUUUGCUUCAUACACAGAAAUAUAUGUAUCAACCGA